CGCAGAUUAGAACUCGCCUCUCCUAGCUCCUCCCCUCAGUCCCAUUUAAAGCUCCAAGGGGCUUUACGGAAAAAUUAAGAGUGGGCUCAGUUUCUGCAACGCCUUCUUCCACUGCAAGAUGAACACCAUUCUGCCUUGCCAAGACCAGUACUUUGUAGGAGGCCAGAGCUGUAAUUGCCCGUAUUCCACUACAGCGUCAGAAUCUAGUGUUGACGUUUCCAGGGAGACUUGGUUCUCUUUCUGGGCUGCUGGUCUCCUGGACAACAGAGAGCCCCAACAAGCACCACAGGCACAGGAAUCCUCGAGUGACUCAAAUUUCUCUAUUCUGGACACAUGUUCCUGGGAAGAGGACCAGCUUUCUUCUCAGCUCUACAGAAAUAAGCAGCUCCAAGAUACUCUGGUGCAAAAGGAAGAAGAACUUGCUAGGUUACAUGAAGAGAAUAAUCAUCUGAGACAAUACCUGAAUUCUGCUUUGGUUAAAUGUCUUGAGGAAAAGGCCAAGAAAUUAUUAUCAUCAGAUGAGUUUUCCAAAGCAUGUGGAAAAUUCAGAAGUGGGAAGAGGAAACCAAAAGAGCAGAGAUCCUAUUCUACCGAGAUUCCCCAUCCCAAAAAUGUCAAGAGAAACCUCUCCAGGGAAUUUGCUGCCUGUGAAGAGCAGCCUGGACCCCCUGUGGACCCCUGGGUUCUUCAAACACUUGGGUUAAAAGACCUCAACACUAUUGAUGACACCGUGUCAGCUAACUACAGUGCCUUCUCCUCACAUCCCACAAGAAUUACCAGCACAUUUCCCCAGUUUCCUGAUAACACAGCAAAUUGUGAAAAUGCCCCCAGGGAGGAUCUGCCUAUUGCCUAUGGAGAUGACAAAACAACACCCAUUCACAGCACUGCCAGUCAACAGGAAAAUUUUCACUUCUUUUAUCAACUUUCUAAUCCCCCAGAGGGGCUACAUACUCUUCCUUACUAUGCUGCUGAUGUGUCACCCAACAAGACAGAGAUGGCCUUUUCUACAUCCCUGAGCCCUCAUUGUAAUGUGAAAACUCAUUCCUUCCACCAGGGACAAGCCUUUGUGCGCCGAGAUGAAGAGGGAGGCUGGAAGUUUACCUGGGUCCCUAAGCAGUCUUAGUGACCACUCUUCUAUCACAAAGCACUGCCAUGAACUCUGUUUACAAAGACCUCUGUUGCACUUGAACCUGACUAUGUAGAACACGGAAGCUAUUGCCUGGACCUACUCCUGUUACUUUAAAUGUCACUCUCAAUUUACCCACUUAAAUCUGCAGGGAAUGGCUUCCAGGAAUCUGUAAUGAAACAUGUCUGCUUUUCUUUCACCUAAAUUUAACUUGUUUGCACACCAACACCUGCUGUUGAUUCCUCCCUUUGUCCUAUACUUGAAAAGGUAUUUUCCAAUUGUCUAUAUAUUCCUUUGAGACCUAUAUAUACUGUUCCAAUUAUAACCAAUCUAACAGUUUUUCCUUUCUCAUCAAACAGCUUAAAUGUUCACAGCUUUUACCUUUUAGCUUUUCUUCCUUUCUUGCCCCUCUUCAUUUCUGAAACCUACUGUGUUACAGUAAGCUCUAUUAUCAUUUAAGUACCUGUUACUGAGUAUUACAAUAGUUGUGGGUGGUGUAUAGACAAGUAUCUUUGCUCAUCACCACUACUGUAGGCAAAAUAUGGAUGUGAAUAAAUUAUGUCCAAGGCAGUUGAGAAAGUUGAGUAUCCCAUGGUGGAGUUGGCAAAGAGGCUCUCGAAACAGCUGUAACUCUACUGGUAAGAGUACCACUGAAAAAGAGGAUUACAAUCACUUCAAAAUGUUUCAGGGUAUACCAGCCUAUAUAGGCACCUGGCAUUGUCUCCUCAGCCAACAUGACUCAGACAAAAACAUUUUUGAAAGACUGUGGUGACAGAACAAGUCAUUGCUCUAAACUACCCAGAAGCUGGCAAACUCCUGUUCCUGAAAAUCUAGUCUUGGCUAGCUCUGCCACUUUCUCACUCACUCAUUUUUCCUUGUAUUCAUUCUUUCAUUUGUCUUUCCACCCAAGAUAUUUGUGGAAUACCUAAUCUGUGUCAGGCAUUGUGCUAGAGGGUGAUGAUAAAUGUAAGCAGAUUAGACACUAUGGCCAACGUCAUGGAACUUAGAGUCCAGCUGCUCAUCUGCUGUGACGUUGAGAAAGGUACUU